AAGCUCAAACUGCAUCUUACAAAAAGCCACGUGUCAUCAUUGUUUACGAAACCUCUUGCGUCGUCUCGUCGCUGCCAGGAAACUCUCCGUCUAUUACUCGGCCGGCGGAACCAGGACACGGCCACACGCGUAGAAAUACUGAGACGAGUCUCCUUUUGUCUUUUCCCUGACGAAAAGCACACAAACAAUUCAACCUCUCUCCCGCGGCAUCUCAAUCUCGAUUCCUGUCCGUAAAAAGCGACUAUCAAUAAAAGGAACAAAAGAGAAGAAAUUCGAUAAGUUUCUUUAUAACAGGCGAAUCUGAUUUUUUUUUUUUUUAUUGGUGUGGGCUUUGUCAAGUUGCCACUGAAGAUCUGAGAUAAUGGAAUUUAUCGACGACAUCUGGUUAUUAUAGUUAUUGGUGCUUUUAGGGUUCGUCAGAUUUGAACUUUGAAGCACGCCAAAGAGGAAGGAGAGCAACGUUGAAUGGCUGCAGAGUACCAAUGCUGCGAAACGGGGUUCUUUGUUCACAUAUUGGUGAUACUUUUGCUGGUUUUGUUCGCUGGGCUGAUGUCCGGACUCACUUUGGGCCUCAUGUCCAUGAGCCUCGUUGAUCUUGAAGUUCUUGCUAAGUCUGGUACUCCCAAGGAUCGCAAGCACGCGGCAAAAAUCUUGCCAGUUGUCAAGAAACAGCAUUUAUUGCUCUGCACCCUACUUAUUUACAACGCUGCUGCUAUGGAGGCGCUCCCUAUUUUUCUUGAUGGUUUGGUUUCAGCUUGGGGUGCUAUACUCAUUUCAGUGACUUUGAUACUUCUGUUUGGUGAGAUUAUACCACAAUCAGUUUGUUCUCGACAUGGUUUGGCAAUUGGCGCAGCGGUGGCUCCAGUUGUUCGUGUGCUUGUGUGGGUCUGUUACCCGGUUGCAUUUCCCAUAAGCAAGCUCCUAGACUUUUUGUUAGGUGAAGGACAUGUGGCUCUUUUCCGUAGAGCUGAAUUGAAAACACUAGUCAAUUUGCAUGGUAAUGAGGCUGGGAAAGGUGGGGAGCUCACACAUGAUGAGACAACAAUCAUUGCAGGAGCACUUGAGCUCACAGAGAAAACAGCUAGGGAUGCCAUGACCCCUAUAUCUGAUACUUUUGCCAUCGAUAUUAAUGCCAAAUUAGACAAGGAUCUCAUGAAGUUGAUCUUGGAGAAAGGGCAUAGCAGAGUGCCAGUAUACUAUGAGCAAUCUACAAACAUAAUUGGGCUUAUUCUGGUAAAGAAUCUAUUGACCAUUAAUCCUGCAGAUGAAUUGCCUGUUAAGACUGUUACUAUUCGCAGGAUUCCUAGAGUUCCAGAGGACAUGCCUCUAUAUGAUAUCUUGAAUGAGUUUCAGAAAGGUCACAGCCAUAUGGCUAUUGUCAUGAGAAAACAUGAGAACACAGUCGGGCAGCAAGUCAGCAAGUCUCCAGUCGAUGAUAGAGUGCAAGAUGUAAGGGUGGACAUCGAUGGUGAAAGGCAACCCCAAGAGAAAAGCUUAAAAAGCAAGAGGUCUCUCCAGAAGAGGAAGAGUUUUCCUAACAGCACAAACAAUUCAAAUCGGGGUACUCCAAGGAGCAAGAGGUGGCAGAAGGAUAUCUACUCGGAAGUCUUGCAGAUUGAUGACAACCCUCUACCAAAGCUCAAUGAGGAAGAGGAAGCCAUUGGAAUAAUAACAAUGGAAGAUGUCAUUGAAGAGCUCUUACAGGAGGAAAUCUAUGAUGAGACAGAUCAUCACGGUGAAGACUUAUAGCACGUAUACAAAAGCUACAUGCUAGACAUUUUACAUUAAAAAGUUGAACGGCUUUUGUUCCAUGGGUAAUGGGGAUAGCUGCAAGAGUAAGGAGAAGUUCUAAGCUAGUGAAAUGUUUGUAAUUGUAGAUGACCACAGGCUUGUAAUGUAAUGAUAUCAUAGUGAUGGGAAAGAAAAUUAUGUAUAUGAUUUGUUGAUUUGUUAUAUAUUUUGGGUCUGGAAAUUAGGGCAAAAACAUGAAUGAUAUUAUAGGGGAAGAGGGUAGGAUUUUCCCUCCCUACAAAGAUGUCAUAAUCCUUAUGAAAAGGGGCUAAAAUAAGAACCAUCCUUUCGAUUGUAUUGUA